AUGGCUGAAGAAACCACCAGCGCACUUUUAAAAAUGCAGGCAUAUUCAAUGGUCGUAAUACAAAAAGCCCUUCAAAAUCAACAAAAAUUCCUUCAACAAAGGAUGAAGCCCAAACAUGGACAACAAAAUAUGCUUCCAGGACUUCCUUCUACUCCUCAACAAAAACAGGAUUCUGUAACGAUCCAUUCUGGUCCUUUACCUAUUCAACCUGCACCACACACUCCUCAACAUGGUGUUACGCCACAAUCCCAACAGCAUACCCCGUUAAGGCCUAAUUUAUCUGCAACAACGACACCCCAGACAACACCAAGUGGUAAACCUCCUGUCGGUAGCGACGAAUGGCAUCGACAACGUCGCGAGAAUCACAAAGAGGUUGAGCGUCGUCGUCGUGAUACGAUCAACGCUGGUAUUAAUGAUUUAGCCAAGAUUGUACCUGGUUGUGAGAAAAAUAAAGGAAGUAUUCUCAAUAGGGCGGUUCAAUAUAUUCAGCAGCUUAAAGAGAAUGAGGCUGCGAACAUCGAGAAGUGGACAUUGGAGAAAUUGUUAACAGAUCAAGCCCUUCAGGAAUUACAAACACAAGUAGAAAUGCUCAAAUCUGAAAAUGGGAGACUUAGGGCAGAAUUAGAAGAAUUACAGGGUCCAUCAAAAAAGAAACAACGAACUGAUUGA